AGUGAGCGCUUUGAGGAUCGCGGAGACUGCGCCGGUUGAGUUGUUAGGAAACGUGGCCUUAAGAGAGUUUCCAGCUCAGCUCAAUGAGAAGCGCACUUAGCUGACACUGUCAUCGCAACUGUAUUUGGGCAUCGCAGUGUUUAAAGGCGCGAGAACAUGGCUGAUGUGGAGCAGAACGCCGCGGUGCCGGAUGCAGCCGGUAACGGCUCGGACGCGGUGAACGGGAGCGCGGGCCGCUUCGUGUCCAGCCCCGAGGGCACAGCUCUGGCGUACGGCAGCCUGCUGCUCAUGGCCCUGCUGCCCAUCUUCUUCGGAGCGCUGCGGUCCGUGGGCUGCUCCAAGAGCAAGAAUGCUUCAGAUAUGCCCGAGACCAUCACAAGCAGAGAUGCUGCUCGAUUCCCCAUCAUUGCCAGCUGCACUCUCUUUGGCCUGUAUCUCUUUUUCAAGAUUUUCUCGCAAGAGUACAUUAACUUGCUGCUAUCCAUGUAUUUCUUUGUGCUGGGAAUAUUAGCGCUGUCUCACACAAUGAGUCCGUUUAUGUGCCGAGUUUUCCCUGCUAACUGGCCAAAUAAGCAGUACCAGCUGCUGUUCACCCAGGGCUCAGGAGAAAGCAAAGAGGAGAUCGUCAACUAUGAGUUUGACACCAAGGAUCUGAUAUGCCUGGGAAUCAGCAGUGUGGUAGGGGUCUGGUACGUCCUCAAAAAGCAUUGGAUAGCCAAUAACCUGUUUGGUCUGGCUUUUGCCCUGAAUGGAGUUGAGCUGCUCCACCUCAAUAAUGUCAGCACUGGAUGCAUCCUGCUGGGAGGUCUGUUCGUUUAUGAUGUGUUUUGGGUUUUUGGCACCAAUGUUAUGGUGACAGUUGCCAAGUCCUUCGAAGCCCCAAUUAAGUUGGUUUUUCCACAAGAUUUGCUGGAGAAAGGUUUAGAUGCCAAUAACUUUGCCAUGUUGGGACUGGGGGACAUUGUCAUUCCGGGAAUCUUCAUUGCUCUGCUCCUGCGCUUUGAUGUCAGUUUAAAGAAGAACACCCGAACUUACUUCUACACCAGUUUCCUGGCUUACAUCUUUGGCCUGGGUCUUACCAUAUUUGUUAUGCACACCUUUAAACACGCUCAGCCUGCUCUGCUGUACCUGGUCCCUGCUUGUGUUGGAUUUCCUGUGGUGCUGGCCCUGUUUAAAGGAGAACUGACGGAGAUGUUCAGAUACGAAGAGUCUUCACCAGAGGAGGCGUCAUCGAAAGAGGAAGUAACAGAAUCUGAUAAAGACAAAUAAAAAUGUGGGUUGAGCCCUCAGUCAUGUCCUAGUGAUGUGGUCAUGUUCAGAGUCUGCUCAUGGCAGUCACAUGUUCUGUACUUUUGAGCUUUAUUUGAAUGAUGUACAACAGCUUGCUCAGUGCCUGUGUAUUGUCCUUGUUCCUUUCGUUCAAUUCAUUGCCUUCAACAUUUGAAAAUUUGAUCGGUUAUUUACUUUCAAACGUGUGGUUGUUUUUUGUUUAUUUUAUCCUUAUAAUACAGAAUUUGAACAGUGUAGAAGUUAGGCUUUCUGAAUGUAAUGUGUCAGAUUGCUAAACAGAUGUAUUAAAAAUCUGAUGUCACAAGUCCGCUAACCUAUUCCUCAGUAGCUGGUUUCUGUUAUUGGUUUUAUUCUAGGAUCUCAUAAGAGAUUCAGUUUGUGAAACAGAAGUAAUUAUCCAUAUUUUAUUACAUGAAAGGAAAAAAUGAUUCUUUCUGCAAGUGUAAACAAAAGUGGGACCAAAUAUUUCCUUAUAAUGUGAUGGUAGUGUUUACAUGUGAUGUUUUCUGUAUGUAGCUGAAGGGUUCUGUGUUUAGUUUUCUAUGCCACAUCGUUUCCUGAUCAUUAUUUUUUUGUACAACUCAUGCUUCGCUUGGUAAGCAUUAUUUUACAGUCUCCUCUUGUGUAAUCUUUAUUUUCACAACGUAAAAGUGUAAAAUUUAAGCUGACAUGAGGAGCAUUUCUUUCUCACUUUAACUUUUAUUUGCAUUAAACUGUGGUUUUUACCACUGUUAAAAAAA